AAAAUGCAUUUGGAAGUUUUAGAGGAAGAUGUGCUGGUUAGCAGGAUGGAUCUGUCAACUCCUCCUCCGCUGCUCCUCAGGAGGAAGAGGAAGGAGGUGAAGAGGAGGAUCAGCCCGCUGGCUUCCUGACGGACUUCAGCCGAACACAGAGCGACAUGCCCCGAAGAAAACAGAGCAACCCUCAGCCCGUCAAAGUGGGUUCGGAGCUCCGCGCCAUGGCUGCUGAGCCGGGCUGCCUGGUUUUAGACUCUGACUUCCUGCUGGACUUUGGAGACUCUGACAUCAUGGGUCUGGACAGAGAUGCUGGAGUGGACCUGGGGGCGGAGCUUUGCCUGUCAUGUGAAGGCCUCCAAUCAAAGCAGCAGCCAGCUUCAGAUGAUUCCUCGCUACUGGGUGGGUUGAACAAAACCAUCAAUAGCGACUCCAGCAGCAAGAGCAGAAAUGUAAAUACGGCAGACGAAGGAGGCAAAGUCUCUGAGAAGAUGUUUUCCUGCUCACUGUGCUCCUUCGCUUCCCGUUACUCCAACCACCUGAAACGCCACAGGAGCAUCCACGACGGAGAGAAACCGUACCGCUGUUACAUCUGCCCCUACGCCUCAGCCCAGUUGGUCAACUUACAGCGCCACGCCCGCACCCACACUGGAGAGAAACCGUACGGCUGUCACCAGUGCACCUAUGCCUGCAGUUCCCUCAGCAACCUGCGGCGGCACCAGCGCAUGCACUCGCAGGCAAAACCGCCGCAGCAGAAGAAAGAAAAGAGACGAGCAAGAAGGAAAACGACAGAUGGUGAAACUGAAGAAGUGGUCACCCUACAGGUGUCCCAGGACUCAGGCUUCCUGCGGACUCUGGGGGGCGCCCUCGGCUCCCCCUCAGCCCUGCUCCCUGCCCUCCUCUUCCCUCUGUGCUGCCAGCUGUGUGGCCUGACCUUAGAGGACGCUGACCUGGACGUGGACAAAGUGGACAGCCAGGGGGACAGUGAUGGAGGACAGAUUUGUCGUCGCUGCUCCUGGGAGCUGUUAACCAAAGACGAAGCCACACCCCCACAGAGCCCAGUGACAUCACAGGGAUCUAGGACAGGUCAACGGGGCACUAAGAUCUGUUACUGCCACGCCCACUUGACCCACCACGCCCACAUCCACUCUGAGGAGAAACCACACCGCUGCCCCCGCUGCCCCUACACAUCCUCCCACCUCAACAACCUCAAGCGACACCUGCGGGUGCACACGGGCGAGAAGCCGUACUGCUGCCCUGUCUGCAGCUACGCCUGCGGGAACCUGGCCAACCUGCGGCGCCAUGAGCGCAUCCACUCGGGCGCCAAACCUUUCCUGUGCAGCGUCUGCAGCUACUCAUGCAACCAAAGCAUGAACCUGAAAAGACACAUGCUGCGGCACACGGGGGAGAAACCGUACGCCUGCACCGAGUGCGGCUACACCACGGGCCACUGGGACAACUACAAACGCCACCAGAGGAAACGCGGACACAACACAGGCAGCUGGGACAGACACGCCCACGCCGCCGCCCUCCGCUGGACCGAAGAGCCUCAGGACCGCCACAGACCGGACACCACGUAGGGACGGUGGGAACCUUCAUCUGGAUUACUGCAGUGAAACAGGGGGCAGGAAAAUAUUCUGCAAAAAAAAGAAAAAACACAAAAUCUGAUGGAUGAUGAGUUCAAAGCUCUUUGAGGUGGAAAUAAAAUACUCAUAUUUUAAUAGUUAGUUUUUAAAAUUAAACUGAAGCAAAGAAUCAGAAUGGAAGGUGGUACGUAGCACAGCCGCCAGGUCGUCCACUGAUGAUUAAAAAACCAAAAUGUUUUCUUACUCCGCCCCUUUUUAUGUGGAUCCACUUCAUAGUUUCUGCUUCUGACGUCACAAAGUUCAUUCAUUUAGACCUGCCUAUUCCAGUCAAGGGUCACAGGGGGUGGAGCCUAUCUCAGCAGUCAGAGGUCGUGAGGCGGGUUCACCCUGGACAGGACGCCAGUCUGUCAUAGGGUCACAUACAGACAAACACAGUCAC